AUGAUGAUGAUGGAGGACGACGAACUGGAGACGCAUCAGGUUGAAAUCGACCCGGAUUUCGAGCCACAAAGCCGGCCUCGCUCUUGUACCUGGCCACUACCGUGUCCAGAAGAUUUUCCGGUGGGGCCGGAGAUGAAUGGAGGUCUGCCGCUGUCCAGCAUAAAGGUGGAACCGGAUAAUGUCCCGUCUUGUAGAGCGGGUAGAAGGGGGGUCGCACCUACAGAGCUUAAGCAUCCAGCGGGAGCACCGGCUCCUACUGCACCGACGCUCCCUUGUUUGGCUGGGGCUGCGCUCGACGUCGCCGGUCAGCUACGCAAAGCCAAGUCUUCCCGGCGGAACGCAUGGGGAAACCAGUCAUACGCAGACCUCAUUACUCGUGCAAUCGAGAGCACCCCUGAAAAAAGACUCACGUUGUCACAGAUAUACGACUGGAUGGUGCGCUAUGUUCCUUAUUUCAAGGAUAAAGGAGACAGUAACAGCUCGGCUGGAUGGAAGAAUUCCAUCCGCCACAACCUGUCCCUGCACACCCGUUUCAUCCGUGUGCAGAAUGAGGGCACGGGCAAAAGCUCCUGGUGGAUGCUGAACCCUGAGGGAGGGAAGGCAGGGAAGGCUCCGAGGCGACGUGCUGUAUCCAUGGACAACAACACCAAGUAUCUGAAAAGCAAAGGACGGGUGAGCCGCAAGAAGAUAAUUGGACGAGCAGGGAUUGGGACAGGGACAAGGGUGGGGCUUCACAGCUCUCCAGAACAAGGCAGCCCCACAGGCAAGCCGGUGACGGGUGGGGGAGGGGUGGGGGAGGAGUUUGAGGCGUGGACGGACCUCCACUCACGUGCGAGCUCCUCAGCUUCCACCCUCAGCGGCCGACUGUCGCCCAUCCUGGCCGAGGGUGAGAUAGAGGACACGGAGGAAGGAAGGCUGUCCUGCUCCACGUCCCCGCGCCUCUACCCCAGCCCCUCUAGCGCCCGCUCUCCUGCAGCCCACUGCCCUAGCGUGGAGCUGCCUCAGCUGGCUGACUUUACUGGGGCCAUUAGCCUGGAUGAGGGCUACCACCAUCACCAGACUCCCCGCCAUAAGCACCCUGCCUUUCACUUCAGCACUGGGGUGAAAGCCCAAGGUUCUUACUGUGGGCCAGUGUAUGGUCAGUCAAUGUUGCGCCACCAUUCCCCCAUGCAGACUAUCCAGGAGAACAAGGCAUCCAGUUUCUCCGGUGGCAUGCAGCCCUACGCGGGUACCAACGCCCUGCAGAGCCUGCUUACCGGGGGACCCCAGUUCUGUGCCAAGGACAUGAUGCUAGGGCAGGAGCGAGAUACACAUUCCAUGAUGGUCACAUCCAGCAAUGGAGUGGCCACCAGCAGCCACCACCAUGGCCACAGUUCAGGGCACAAUCACAAUAACGCUCACAAUCACAGCCAUAAUCCUCCUCACAACCACAAUGGUACUCACAGUCAACCACACAACCACAAUCCUGCUCACAGCCACAACGGAACACAGAACCACAGCCAAUCACUCAGCCAUAACCCAGCUCAUAACCCUGGCACCAACACCUCAGCUCACACUCACAAUAUCAGUCACAAUCUGGGACAGAAUCAUCGUGCCCGAGCCACAGCCCUUCCCUCGCGGGCCAGUGCCGGCCACAUGCAGCCCUACAACCAUAAGGCUCCUUACCUGUACAGUCCCACAGCUCACGCGCACCUCCCUGCCUCAACUACGCUGCCCCCCAACCCUGCCGGCAUGCAGGGCAUCCCUCAGGACUCCUGCCAUCUAGCCACCGCCCCCCACCCACACCCUCGUCACAAUGCUUACCCUAGCCCGCAUCAACAAGGCAUGUCCGAUGGAGCCUACCAUCAACCUCAGGGCAUGGGGGGAGGAGGGGGAGGGGGGAGCAGUUACCAUGGUUAUCAUCAUCCCCACCACCCUUACCCUCACGAGCGGCUGCCAGCCGACCUGGACUUGGACAUCUUCCACGGGAGCCUCGACUGCGACGUGGAGUCCAUUCUUCUCAACGACAUCAUGGACUCCGGGGAGGAGAUGGAUUUUAACUUUGACUGCUCGCUGGCGCAGGGCGUGGGCAUGGGUAUGGGAGUGGGCAUGGGUCUAAUGGGUCCUCAGCAGAGCCACAGUAACCAGAGCUGGGUGCCAGGCUGA